CAGUCGCACGAACGACAUGCUUGUUUUGAACUCAAUAAUAGGAAUAAAAAAUAUUUCAAAGAUCGACAUUGAGGAGCAAAUAAUGGUAUGUGUGCUGCGACUUUGAAAGCUUAGGAACAUUAGAAAUGCACAAAUAAAAGAACAUCAAGAAGACACCUGCUGUAAUCAACCUUUGAGGAAGUACAAGAAUGUCAGGGCUUAUGUUGAACCUGGAUUAUGAGCCUAUAAGUGGAGGCAAAUCAGGUAAAUCCAGAGGAAAUGCUAAACAUGAACGUUUCCUUGGAAGGAGACAUUACCUGGAGCACAAGGGUUUUUUAAAAGAGAAACAAAAUAAAAAGCGAAACAAAAACAAGCAGAAAAAUAAAAAAAAGUACAUGCAGUUCAAUGGAGGCGAUCAAUCAAACCCAGGUGCUAUUUUUCCCAAAGUGACCUCUUAUCUGCAUAAUAAGACAAGUGAGCCUUCUGGUUCUGCACAGAUGUUUUCCACAUUUUCAUUUCCAUCCACUGCCUCCACAUCUCAGAGACAUCCGGCAGACCAGGCAGCACCCCGCACCCUUGGACCUUUGAAAUAUGUGGCAAUGGACUGUGAGAUGGUGGGAACAGGACCGAAGGGGUGUCGCAAUGAACUUGCCCGCUGCAGUAUCGUCAACUACGAGGGUGAUGUGAUUUAUGAUAAAUAUAUCAAACCCAUCGAUCCAGUGACAGACUUCCGCACUCGCUGGAGUGGAAUCAGGAGGCAGGACCUCCUCCAUGCCAUACCCUUUGAACAUGCACAGAAAGAGAUUGUGAAGAUAAUAACAGGGAAAGUGGUUGUGGGCCAUGCCAUCAAUAAUGACUUCAAGGCCUUGAAAUAUUUCCAUCCUGUUUGCCAAACACGAGAUACGGCACGGAUUCCACUGCUAAACCAGAAAGCUGGGCUGCCUGUGAAUGAAAUGGUGUCUCUGAAGAGGCUCACUAAGGCUAUUCUCAAAAAGGACAUACAGACAGGGAAGGGAGGCCACUCAUCAGUAGAAGAUGCCAAAGCCACCAUGGAACUGUACAAAGUAGUGGAAACCAUGUGGGAGCAAAAACUCUCAGCUCUCAACCUUCCAGCUGAAGCAAUGGAUCUAGCGCAGAAUCAGAAAAUAUAAGAGUUUUUUUUAA